AUGAUGAAGUCAAAGGGAUGGGCUCUGGCCAUCAUCUUUUGCGUUUUCCUCUACUUUUGCUUCUCAUCCCUCAAUGCCAUUGCACAGUCGAAAAGCACACAGCGAUCCGCCGACAUUGUUAUCCAACGGAACAACCCCUAUCGACGGUCCAACAGUACACUUUUGACAUCAGUCCUGGCACACAUUAAAAGCGGCUACGUAGCGAACCGUACACCGACAUUCGACACGCCACCAUUGCUCGUUUUAUUCAGCUGUCGACAACCCAAUGCGUGUGGAUCGUUUGAAGAACGAUUAAUGAGUCUCACCACCGCCUACGUGUUUGCUCUUGUCUGGGAUGGUGCUGCCUUUGGUAUUGACAUGGACGCCCCUGUCAAGUUUGACUGGUACUUUGAAAUGACGUUGGGUUCCAUGAGCAUGAACGAGGGCCAAAUCGAAUUUUAUCUUGACAAUGACGCUAUCGCCGACCAAUCGACCCUUUUGGAUAUUGACUCCAUGUCGACCGAAGAACUGCAAUCAACCGAUUUUAUGGCCAAGUACCGUCAAGAGAAUGUCAAGAUCUUGCGAUGCGGUAAAUGGGAUACUUGGACAGCAUUACUCGACAAUCCAUCCGUCUGGCGUCACCGUGACAAGUACCAGUUACAAAAGUUGAACCCGUCCGAAGUGUUUUGGGUCGUGCACCAGAUCCUGUUCCGGAAACCCAGCAGUUGGCUCGAAGGUCAUUUGGCGUCGUACCGUGAUUUGAUGGGCGGCAGCAUGUACACAGAUCCGAUUCAAAAACCACCUGUUCCGGAUGACAGUGUGCAGCAUCGAUGGAUGCGCGUGGGCAUCCAUUUGAAGACCAGCAUUCAGGAGGACAUUGAUUGCGUUGCGGCCAGGGCAGCAUUUGUCUGUCGUGGUGCUCAGGUCAUGGGCAAGGAAUGCCAUGUCUUUUUGUCCGCACCGUCCCAGGAUAUCAUCCAGGCUCUUCAAAAGGCAAUCCAAAAACGCAGCCAAAAGGAUCGUCGUACAAUCAUUCAUGCUGUGUCCGAAUCCUAUGAGUUUAUCCCAGCAGCGUCCAUGAUCCAGUCACCUUCGGUCCAGUUGUCGGAAGAACAACGCGUCAAGCUCAUGUAUGCUCGACCUAUCAUGGACUGGACUAUCUUGUCACGCAUGGAUUAUCUUAUCGGUGGUCAUGGUGACUUGUUCCUCAAAACAGCAGCAGCGGCUGCCCAAGUCGAAACUGGUCUUUAUCAGGUUGGUUCUGAUGAAGAAUGUAAAAUCGAGCCCAUGACAAGCUGGUAA